AUGCUCCAAGCUGCUACCUGCCCUGACAUCAACAAGAAGCUCAUGACUCUUGUCGUUGGUCGUGAAAAGGUUCAUUUCACUUGGUUCCGUGAGGUCUUGUCCUUCCACUCUGCGUUCUUCGCAGGUGCUAUCAAGUACAAUUGGUCCUCCGAAUCUGAGCAGGGCAUUGUCAAGAUGCCUGAGGAUUCCCCCGACGUUGUCCGCGAGUUCAUGCGUUGGAUUACCGAUCACAGAGUCGGCGGCUACGGUGCUGGCUCGGACAAUCCCUCUCUCAGUCCCUGGGCCUAUUGGGAUCUGAUAAUUGAUCUCUACAUCUUUGGCAACAAGUACAACAUUGCUCGUAUCCAAAAUGUUGCAAUCAAUGAGAUGAUCACCCUCUUCCACGAUCAAUUCGCUUUCCCUCGCGCCUCCGCCAUCGAGAAGGUCUACACACUAACUCUCCAGAACGCUCCCGUCCGCAGACUCGUCACAGACAUGGUCGUGCUCUCGCAUGAGAACAUUGAAGGUCUGAUCGACGGUCAGUCACACUUCGGAGACGGUCUUCAUCCCGACUUCAUCCAGGACCUUGUCAAGCGUCUUUACAGAGCUGCAAACCACUGUGACGGCUUUCAGUCUCAACGUCUGGCCCGUGAACAGUGGGGUCUGAUCUCUCGCUGCCACUACCACGUUUCAGAGGUUGUUGCUCACUCGAACGGUAAGAAGGUUAGAGAUCUCUCAAUCACAGUUUCUGGGAUCUAUGCUAACCGCCCUGUAGGUCCUUAA